GGAGCGAGGGCCGGAGGCUCUGGGCUAGACAGAACUGGGUAGCUGCGAACGGACUAGCUGAAGGGGAACGCCGUCCUUGCUGGCGCUGGGUGGCCUCGCGCGCGGGGUUGUGGGCACGGCGAGGGGCGACGCUGGCCGUCCCGAAGGCUCCGGAGUCGGAGGUGGAGGGGCGCCUGCGCGCCCCCAGGUAAAUAGCCACAGAAGGCUACCGAACAAGAUAAAUAAUUGUCUCCAAGUAGAAGAAAACCAAGAUCCAUGAGUGGGCAUCGGUCAACAAGGAAACGAUGUGGAGAUUCUCACCCAGAGUCCCCUGUGGGCUUUGGGCAUAUGAGUACUACAGGGUGUGUAUUAAAUAAAUUGUUUCAGUUACCGACACCACCACUGUCAAGACACCAAUUAAAACGGCUAGAAGAGCACAGGUAUCAGAGUGCUGGACGGUCCCUUCUCGAGCCCUUAAUGCAAGGAUACUGGGAAUGGCUAGUUGGAAGAGUACCCUCAUGGAUUGCCCCAAAUCUCAUCACCAUCAUUGGACUAUCAAUAAAUAUCUGUACAACUAUUUUGUUAGUCUUCUACUGCCCUACAGCUACAGAGCAGGCACCUCUGUGGGCUUAUAUUGCCUGUGCUUGUGGCCUUUUCAUUUACCAAUCUCUGGAUGCUAUAGAUGGGAAACAGGCCAGAAGAACUAACAGUAGCUCUCCUUUGGGAGAACUUUUUGAUCAUGGUUGUGACUCACUGUCGACAGUUUUUGUGGUUCUUGGAACUUGUAUUGCAGUGCAACUUGGGACAAAUCCUGACUGGAUGUUUUUUUGUUGUUUUGCUGGGACAUUCAUGUUCUAUUGUGCACACUGGCAAACAUAUGUUUCUGGAACAUUGCGAUUUGGAAUAUUCGAUGUUACAGAGUCCCAGAUCCUAAUUAUAUUAUUCCAGCUUCUCUCAGGAACCGUGGGGCCUUGGUUCUGGAACUUCACGAUUCCUGUGUUGAAUAUUCAAAUGAAACUUCUUCCUGCACUUUGUACUGUGGCAGGGACCAUAUUUUCCUGUACAAAUUACUUCCGUGUAAUCUUCACAGGUGGUGUUGGCAAAAAUGGAUCAACCAUAGCCGGAACAAGUGUCCUUUCUCCUUUUCUGCAUAUUGGAUCCGUGAUCACGUUAGCUGUUAUGAUCUACAAGAAAUCAGCAGUUCAGCUUUUUGAAAAACAUCCAUGUCUUUAUAUACUGACAUUUGGUUUUGUGUCAGCUAAAAUCACUAAUAAGCUUGUGGUUGCACACAUGACGAAAAGUGAAAUGCAUUUGCAUGACACAGCAUUCAUAGGUCCAGCACUUUUGUUUCUGGACCAGUAUUUUAACAGCUUCAUUGAUGAAUAUAUAGUACUAUGGAUUGCCCUGGUCUUCUCUUUCUUUGAUUUGAUUCGUUACUGUGUCAGUGUUUGCAGUCAGAUUGCAUCUCACCUGCACAUCCAUGUCUUCAGGAUUCAAGCCUCUACCGCUCACUCUAAUCACCACUAAGGAUGUGGCUGGGCUCUGCUAAGCUCACGUUUCCUGCAAGAAGGAAUUCGAACAUAUUAAGGACAACAGGGGUGGAUAAGAACAAAUAUAAUUUAUAAUAAUCAAUGUCAUAUAACUUUCAUUCUUUGUCACUGGUAACACUCCCUAACUGUCCUGUUUAGAAUGGGAAUUACAGGCCCCAUCCUGUAAACUGAAUAUGUUGUCAAACAGGGUUUGGCUCCAGAAAGCAUGCAGGGAAAAUACCGAGUGUUUGUGAUUAUUCAUAAUAUCACUAUCAUAGGAGCACAUCCCCACUGGUGGUAAAUCUAAUGUAAAAUUUUUGCAGGCCAAAAGAUUGUUGCUUUAUGAUUUUAACAAAUCAUCUUUUCGUAACACCUUGUUUAUUGUCUUCUCAGAUGUUCUUUUGUGAGGAGCUCAGUUUGUGGCACAUACAUCUUACUAGCUUGUGAGGUGAGAGCAGUGAUAAGGACCUUAAAUUUAGAUGGAAGGUUUCCUGUCUGUACAUUGUGGAGGAAGUGAUUUUAUUAUCAAUCAAGAAAUGGUGUUUCUCACGGGCUUGGGAAAUCUUGAUAGCAUGCAGAUAAUGUGGUAACUUUGUCAAUCCAUUUUAUUUUUUUAAAUAAAUAUAUGAUCUCAGAACCA